UGGGGAUACGCGCGCAUGCAUCUCACUUCUGACGGCCACGGCCCACGCGGCCACGCCUUGCAUGCGUUCGCCGGCUCAGGCUUUUGAUCCCGUUCCCGUGUAUAUUUAUAUUUACACACACCCCCGUGAAGCUCUGGCCAAGAGCCGUCGCCUUCAAGUAGCCUGCAUUUCGGCCGGCCGCCCGCCCGCCGCUCUAGAGGUGUCGCCAUCUUCGUUGCCAAUUGGCGAAGCCUGACGCCUCCAUCCAGCUGCGACAUUGCCAGUAGACACCGCUAACUCAUGGCCCUGCUCCCGCUGUUCCUCAGGCCGGUGGUUCGGUUCGCGGCGCGCGUGGUGGAAGGUGGGCCGGCGGUCGCGGUGGCAACGAUCCUGCACCGCGCCGGCGCACUGCCCAGGAACCGGGGCCUGGAGCGCCUCGUCCGAGACGACGCGCUCCACGGCCGCGGACAGGACUGCAUCGCCAGCUUCGUCGUCGGCGUCAUGCGCUGCCUCUGCUAGUAGAUUCGGUUGCCUAGCUAGAGCUAGAGAGAGGGGAAGUGGACUCCAUUGUUCGGAGAAAAUUCACCUUGAAAUUUGUAGCAGGAAACUUGAAUUGCAAUGCUGACCCUUUACCUCACCUCUCAA